UCUAAAGAAUACAUACAGUUUCAUUCACAUUCAUUCAGUCAGUCUGAGUCAGCGUUCGUUUUCAUAAUUUCAUUGAGUGAAUCAAAUAAGUAAAUCGUAACGUCGUCGUGUGAAAAUUGCAGCUUUGUAAAAGUGAAUUUUAUCGAAAAUAUUUACGUGCUGAUUUACUAGUGUUGAUCUGUGUUAUUUUAGAAAACGAAAGUUCCAUUCCAAUACCAGUUCAAUAGUGCGUAAGUGCUGUACCACCUUCAAAACGGCCACCGAAAGCCUUAAUUCCAAAGAACAACCCAAUUACAACACAAUGUAUCAAAAUCAAGGCGGUUAUCCGCAACAAGGCGGAUAUCCUCAAGGUGGAUACCCACAGGGAGGUUAUCCGCCUCCGCAGGGAGGUUAUCCGCCUCCACAGGGCGGGUAUCCACAAGGUGGCUAUCCACCCCCGGGAGGAUUCCCUCAGCAGGGGUACCCGCCACCCCCUCAACAAGGAUACCCGGCAUAUGGCGCUGGAUAUGGUGAGCCAGCAGGAUAUGCGCCACCGCCCGGCCAAGGAGUCGGAGAAGAUGGAGAAGUCAAGGGGUUCGACUUCACCGAACAGUCCAUUCGAAGAGGAUUUAUCCGCAAGGUGUACUCCAUCUUGAUGUGUCAGUUGCUUGUAACGAUGGGCUUUAUUGCACUCUUCCUGUUCCACAAACCGACUAAAUUAUGGGCCUACAGGAAUCCUUGGCUCUUCUGGGUAGCGUUCGCGGUGGUGUUCGUAUGUCUGAUCGUAAUGGCUUGUUGUCACAACGUCCGGAGGCAGGCUCCAAUGAACUUCAUCUUCCUCGGUAUCUUCACUGUAGCUGAGAGUUUCCUACUUGGUGUCACUUCUAGCGUCUACGAUGUCGAUGCGGUACUGAUGGCAGUAGGUAUCGUCUGCAUAUUCAUCCCUGGCAACAAAGUAGUGACCCUGGUCUACGCGUCCAUCGGAGCGUUAAUCUUCUCUCUGUAUCUGGUAUACGACACCCAGCUCAUGAUGGGAGGCAAGCAUAAGUACAGCAUUUCACCUGAAGAAUAUAUCUUCGCUGCCCUCAACCUUUACCUGGACAUCAUCAACAUAUUCCUUUACAUCCUCACCAUCAUUGGAGCGGCCAGGGAUUAAGAUAGGAACUAAGGGCAUCGGUCGUUUGAUUGUCUUCUUUAGUCAACGUGUUUUGGUGUCCGUUAGUUCCGAUUUGGCGGCGCUAGUUUCGUUUUUAAUUCUAUUUAGCCAAUGGUAAAACCCUUUGGUUGUUUGUUCUUUAAAAAGUUAAUUGUCAUGGUCUAUUAAACCUUUUACGCUCCUGGUGAUAAGGUUGAGAUUUGUAUUCUUAAAUGCUUUUGUAUUCACGCAUCGUAUUCUCAAACGUACCUAGUUAGAAUACAGUACAAGUUAGGUUAUACUUUGUUAAUGUGAUAUAUAACGGUUCUGUAACUCAUUCGUCACGUCGAUCUGCCUUCGACUUUAUAUUUAAGGACUUGAGGUCGAAAUAAGAGUUACCACUGGUAUAAAUAGUAGUUAAGAUGUGCGAAGCGAACACCGAAACACGUAUUUAGGAUCUAUAAUAUUUAUUCUCUAUUAAAUUGGCUUAUUUUUUAGCCUAUCCCCCUAAGUGGGGGUUGGCACUGAACCAGUCUAGCUGAAUGUCAGUAACACCACCCCUUAGGGGUACGCGACAUUCCAUUAAAUAAGACUAUUAUUUUUUUUGUCUAAACUUUUUAGUUUUGCAUUUAAUACGUGUGGACCGGAGCCCUUUUCGAACGUUGGCAUGAUUCGUCAGAUAGGUGCUUAAAGCAUUAUAUUAGAAUAAGGCUUAAGCAAGCAUAUAAUCGGAGACAAUAAAAAAACUGUAUUCUACUGGCUUUUCAAACAAAUAUGUUAUAUUUUACGACUAUAAACUUUAACUCCAUACACCAAAGUACACUUUUCAUUGUUAUUAAAUUAGCUAAGUAAUGUAGUCACUGCAAAAUGUACCUUAACACCGACAAAUAAAAUGUACGUUUAGUCGUUACCAUUUCAUCUUGUAUCGACUUUAAGUAAGUAGUAUUUAGUAUUACAUAUGUAAAUAAUAUGUUUAAUAAUUCUUCUAUAAAAUAUGUUAAAAAACAGACUUGAAACCU